ACUCGUCAUCAGCCGCGGUGCAUCAGGGGAAACAAAAUGUCCGCUCAGAACGCGAGCUAAUGCUAAUUUAGGAGAAACAGCCGCGAAUAAAUAGACAUUUUGCGAUGUUUUUCCGAACAGUUGGAGUGUCAGUGCAUGUGUGACAUCUUGUCUGUAUUCAGUUGAAACCAUGUCAACGAGAACCGAGUGCAGAGUGUCCAGCUCCAGCUCCAGGACAGAGGAGAGGGAAAGGAGAUCAACAAGCAGAGGACGGGAAAAAAGGAAGCGGAAGCGCAGCCGUAGUCGAUCUUCUUCGUCGUCCUCUUCAAGUUCAUCUUCGUCAUCUUCGUCAUCAUCAUCGUCGUCUUCAUCGGGUUCAUCACAUUCGCCCAGCGGCAGUCGAAGUAGCUCGAGUAGCAGUGACUCCCGCAGUAAAUCUAGAAAGCAAUCAAAGAAAAGGAAAAAGGAGAAACAACCCAAAAAAGGGCAGAAAGGGAAGAAAGAGAAGCGUCCUAAACGUAAAAAAGACAAGAAAGCAAAAGGAGGAGAGGAAAACUCGGGACCUGUACAGAUCUCCAAGUACUUGAAGGAGAGGAAAAAAGGCAAGUACAGCAUGAUCUCAGGGAAGAAGAUCAAGAUGAAGGUUAAGAAGUCAAAGAAAGACAAACAGCGGGAUAAGAAUCGGGCAGAACUUCUCGACUUCUUGAACUCCACUGUGUGAUGCCACUGUGUGCGCCACAAGUGGUGGUCAGGCUCAGGCACGUCAGCAGAACUCAGGAAACAACGACUGAGCAGUGCAGGACAACAACAAUGUCACGUUUUUUUCUGUGGAAGAGAUGAUGAAUACAACUUGAAUGAACACAUGGGGGCAGCACUGAGCUGGACGGAGGGGAAGGAGCUGCUGUUCUCGCAGCGAAGUGAGACGCUGAUGUCCAGACGCCCAAUUCUUCAGCUUUUACUCUGGUAGUGUUUGUGACAUGAGACAUGAGAAAAUGUUGAGCGGUGUUAUCUGAAAUUUUAUCUGUGGCCUAAUGGAUCAUAUGAAGGUGAAAGUGGCUCAUCAGCCAGGUAAUAACUUUACAUGUGGUUUAACAUUCGGUCACUGCUUUAAAAGAGGACUCCACCAAUUUAGUAUUGUACUAACUUCUUCAGACUCAACAGUUUAUUUCAAUUAUCAAACUUUUUGCUGCAAAGCAAAAGUUAUUGAUAUUUCUUCAUUGUCAAAACCUUAGCUACCCACAUUGUAACUCGGCCUCUCAAAGUUUUGGAUCGAGAAGAUUGGAUAUGUUAUUCAAACUAGAAAUGGCGAAUGUGGCCUCGCACCUCAAGCUACAUGCAGAGAUAAUGAGUGUGACAUUCUUCUGUCCGAACAGAGGAGAAAAGUAAACGACUCUAACCUGACAGGAAAUCAGUUUUGUGUGUCCGAACCCAACCUGAGCGUCCGACCUUUCACUGACCCAUCAGGCGGGGGUCAGAAAUCCCCGUCCAGACCAAGCUACAGAGAUCCCACCACCAGAUUAUUCAAAUUUUCAGUUUUUGCUGGUGCUGACACGGAUCAUAUAAUUUGUACGAAUGUAUCCGAUUCCACACGACCUCCAUGCAUCAGUUCUCAUGACCCGUAAACAGACGCUAAUGUGUAAAAUUGGUGAAGUUCUCCUUUAAAGAGUAAAAUCAUUUCUAACACUUACUUUACUACGUCAACUUUACUACGUAUAGGACUGUGUAUUUUUUUAUUAGGAAACUCAAUGUCAUGUUUCCACAGUAAAACUCGGCCAUGGGAACCACACUGUUAUCAGUGUGAACUGAUAUUCUACUUUUUGAUGUGUACAUUCUGUUUAAAAUGAGGAGAACUUACCCGUAUGUUGUGUUUGAUGACUGUACGACAAACUCAUGACAUUCAUUCCCCAAUUUCUGUCACUUCUGUUAUGUAUCAGUUAUUUUAUUAAACUGAAAAACAAAACACA